GGUCAUGUCCUUUUGCUGCAAACUUGUCCAGAAAAAAAACUUCAGAAAUUUGGGAAAGUUUCAAUCUUUCCCCUUUUUUCCUCCCAACAUCCGUUGAUUUUCCACAAGAAGAAACGCGAUUAACAGAUUAGCCUCAUUUAUCUUUGAGCUCCAACACUCAAGAACAAAUGAAAGGGGCAAGUGUCAAGAAGAAAACCCAUGUGGUGUAUCACGCUGGUGAGGCGGAAACAGUCGGAGGAAGCGGGAAAAGAAGUGGAGGAGACGGUGGGUUUGGCAGUGAAGAAGAAGAUGGAGCGUCGAUUCUUGGCGAGAUGGCUGAUGAUAUGCGUACGGAGUAUGGGGAAGAAGAAGAAGAAGAAGAAGAAGAAGAAGAAGAAGAGGAAGACGACCAAGAAGAUGAGGACGAAGAAGAAGAAGAAGAAGGAGAAGCUAAAGAGGAGAGGUCAAAGCUAGAUGAAGGGUACUUCGAAAUCGAAGCUAUUCACCGUAAGAGAGUUAGAAAAGGGAAAGUGCAAUAUCUAAUUAAAUGGCGUGGAUGGCCUGAAACCGCCAACACAUGGGAGCCUCUAGAGAAUCUACAGUCUAUUGCUGAUGUUAUUGAUUCAUUUGAAGGAAGUUUGAAACCAGGGAAGCCUGGUAGGAAGAAGAAGCGCAAAUACGCAGGUCCUAAUUCUCAGCUGAAGAAGAAGCAGCAGCGUUUAGGUUAUGAUGAUGCUGAGAAGUCUGACUCUUCUACAUCUCUUAACAACUCUAGCCUCCCUGGUAUUCGCGGUCCACUGGAUCUCAGCGGUUAUGUAGCCACCACCAACCAAGUUGAAGCUAAUAGCGGGAGUGUUGGUAUGUUGAGGCAAGUUAGUUUGGCUGAAGUGGAGAAAGAAUACGAUCCAACACUUAACGAGCUAAGGGGACCGGGCAUUGGUUCUGAAGGUGAUAAUGUAAGAGCAAAUGGGUUUCUCAAGGUUUAUCCCAAGGAGUUUGAUAAGGACAGUCGUUUCAUAGGUGCUAAACGGAGGAAGUCUGGUUCUGUGAGAAGAUUCAAACAAGACGGAACCGCUAGUAACAACAACAACAACCACACAAAAGCUACUACACCAGAUCAGAACCAGACACCAGAGUUGACUACCUUAGACUCUUUUGGUAAAACCGCAAGGAUAGGGAAUGUGUUGGAAAAUAACAGUAUCUCUCAGAAAAUCAAGGUGGAGGAAUUGGACAUAGUGAGGAUCAUCAAGCCAGUGAGGUUUUCUUCAUCUAUAACAAACAAUGUACAAGACGCGUUGGUGACCUUUUCCGCGUUGAGGUCUGAUGAGAAGAAAGUAACCGUAGACAAUAGAUUUCUCAAGGCUCACAAUCCUCUUCUACUGAUUGAGUUCUACGAGCAACAUCUCAAGUACAAUCCUGAAAGAUAAGAAUUUGUUUGUACACAUAAAUUUCUAGGUAGAAAAAAGAUAAUAUGAGCAACGUGUAGAGUCUAGGUAGUGACUAGUUGUUAUCUUAUCUCUUCUGGUUCGUUAUUUCCACUGUCUAUCAAGUAAAUAUUUUCACUUAGACUUGUAUGUUUCUUGAGCUGAGAUUUUUGUUAUUGCAUGUUCAAAGAUCAAUAUAUAUAUAUAUGGAUCAGUA